AUGCAGGCGAGGUCUAGAUCUACUCGGGAUGGCUUCCGUGAGCACGGCAUAUCCGAGGCUGGGUGCUCUGUCAUCAACUACGUCGCUGGUGUCACAGAUGAUAUCAAAUUCAAUACAGCAAUUCUGAAGUACACCGCUUCUGAAGAUUCUCGUCAGCCACACGAUUUAGUGAUUACCAUCCGCGAAGACAGCGAUAGCACGACUUUAAUCACUUUCAGCGCUCAGGAGUAUCUGUAUCAUGCGCACGAUGUUGACCUCCUAAUCCAUUUAUAUGUCCGGCUACUACUUAUUUUAACCCAACAGUCAGAGCUGCUGUUGAAGAAUUAUAAAUGCCUUGCUCCGUUGAGACCAUAUGUUGAAGAGAAGAACCUCGAAGAAGGCGAUGGCUGGAAGGAGACGCUUACACAACGUAUCGCAAGAAUCGCCAUCUCUUAUGCAAGUUCAGUGGCUCUCAAAGAUCAAUUUGGAACGAGUCUCACGUAUGAGGAGAUGGAGAUGCGUGUGCGUUGCAUCUUAGGUAUUCUCCUUCGGGCUGGGGUCAAAUCUGGUCACUACGUAGUUGUGACGGCCGUUCCAUCUAUUGAUAGUGUGUGCUCAAUGCUGGCUAUUUGGCGUAUAGGAGCAAUUUACGUUCCACUGGACCUUGAACAUGGAGCUGAGCGGCUUGCGUUCAUGAUUCAGGACUGUCAACCCGCAACCCUCAUUUGCCGAACAAAGGCCGGGCUUGAGCAUCUGCUAGAUACUGAUGCUAUUCAAGUUUUGGAAAUGGACAUUUGUAUGUCCUCAUCUAUUGAAACACCAGUCAACGAAUCUACCAGUGGACGGGUUCCGGCUGUUCUACUAUACACUAGCGGCACAACAGGCGUUCCAAAAGGAGUCUUGCUGACCCAAGAUAACCUCCGAACUCAUUUCAAUGCCAUCGACGAAGUGUACCCUGUCAGUCAGCAGGUGGUACUACAGCAGAGCUCCCAUAAUUUCGACGGGUCUAUCUUUCAAAUUUUAGUGGCUUUGCUGCACGGAGGUACCCUAGUACUCACUACCAAUCGAGGGGAUCCUACGGAAUUGGCGGAGUUGAUGGUGAGAGAAAAUGUCACGUUGACGCUAGCUGUGCCCUCGGAGUACGCACUAUGGAUUGGUGAAGGGGCCCAGAUCCUGAGAAAAUGCAAUUCGUGGCGUUAUGCAUUUUGCGGCGGUGAGAAGAUGGUGCAUAGCACGCUUCAGGCAUUUGCUAGUCUUCAAUUAGACGAUCUAAGACUGAUCAAUGCAUAUGGACCUUGUGAGGCUUCCAUCGCUUGUACCCUUGGUGAGAUCGACUUGCGAACAGUCUCUACCGAGCUAAUCCCCAUUGGUCUACCGUUGCCAUCAUAUAGGAUUUCCAUCGUGGACAACCUAUGGAAUCCAGUCCCAACAGGAUGGCCAGGUGAAAUCUGCAUCAGUGGUAGGGCGGUGUCGUCUGGAUAUUUGAAUCGGGCAGACCAGACCAGCGCUCAGUUCCGCAAAGUAGAUGAUAUCCAGUCUUAUCGAACCGGAGAUUAUGGCAGGAUUCUGCCGGACGGAACGCUCGAGUAUCGAGGGCGAAUUCAGGGAGACACCCAGAUCAAGCUGCGUGGGAUGCGUCUGGAGCUGGAAGAAAUCUCUACUAUCAUAAUUCAAGCCUCCCAGGGGGCGCUAACAGACUGCGUCGUUAUUGCCAAGGGCCAUACUGACCAGUACCUAGCAGCAUUUGUUGUCGUCUCUGCCACUUUCUCAGCCAGUGACGUUGAUCAGUAUCUUGCCUUGCUUAUCAAGACUUUGCCUCUUCCUCCUUAUGCCAAGCCAGCCGUGGUGAAUGCCGUGAAUCGCAUCCCACUGACUAAGAGCGGUAAAAUUGAUCGAAGGGAACUCGGCCGACUUCCAAUCCAUCAGACAUUGACCUCAAACCCCCCUGCCGCCUUGGACAUAGUGGAGAAGAAACUGAAGGAUUUAUGGGAGGACUGUCUUCCAGUGACUGGCCUGCCGAUCACCAGAAAGUCCAAUUUCUUCGAGCUGGGGGGCAACUCAUUGCUGUUAUUGAAGCUUCGGGCCCGGGUCCAGAGAAUGACCCAAACGAAAAUUCUUAUUUCUGAUAUGUUCAACUCCCUGACGCUACGAGAAAUGGCUUUCAUGCUGGGCGCGACCACAAGCAGGCAACAGGUAGUCGAUUGGAAAGCUGAAACGGCAAUCCCUGCUCAUUUUGACCAGGUACAGUACAGUCAAUCACAUUCAGAACUGCAAGAAGUUAUUCUAACCGGGGCUACUGGAUUCUUCGGCACAUCCUUGCUGCGGGCGCUGAUUGAUAACCCAUCCGUAACCCGGAUCCAUUGCAUUUCUCUGCGCCCUAAUCAAGACGGAUCUCCGAGACAACUUGACGUACAAUCUUCCAAAAUCUGUCUCUAUGGAGGCGACCUUGCCCACCCGAAACUAGGCCUCCAAGAAGAUGAGGCAUUGCUACUGACCCGCACGGUGGAUUGCAUAAUUCACAAUGGUGCCGACGUAUCAUUCUUAAAGCCAUAUACUAGUCUCCGGGCUCCGAAUGUUCUGGCUACAAGGUAUCUCACCGAGCUAUCCUUACCGCGCCGCAUCCCCUUUCACUAUAUUUCUACGGCGAGUGUGACUACACUCUCUGGACAGGAAACGUUCCCGGAGAUAUCUGUUUCGCCAUUUGCGCCGCCAGCUGAUACAUUGCCUAGUCAUAUCACGGGCUACACAGCAAGCAAGUGGGCUAGCGAGGUUUUCCUCGAGAAAGUCAGUGUUAGGUACGGUAUACCGGUCUAUAUCUACCGUCCAACUAGUAUCAUAUGCCCGGGGAUGCUAGCGAACAAUGUCGUCGGUGCCGUCUUCGAGACAAGUAGGCGCAUGAAGGUAGUUCCGUCAACUGGUGGUUGGACAGGAUAUAUGGACCUAAUCAGCGUAGAACAGGCAACUAAGCGGGUAAUGAAUUGGGUAGUUGCCCACAAAGUGCAGACACAUGGGACGGGGGUUAGGUUCGUGCAUGUUUGUGGCGAAACUCGGUUCAAGGUCUGUGAACUAAAGAAGUACAUGGAGCAGUGUGAGAAGCAGGGUGUUCUCUAUCAGCAGCUUAAAUGGGCUGACUGGCUGGAAAGAGCCAGUUCGUAUGGUAUCAAUGAAGGCAUUAAGGCGUACUUGGAGGGGUUUCUAGAAAGUGGUGAGAUAGGACGAUUGCCGUUCUUGGAUAGUUCGCCUUGA